AUGCUUACAAUCAUUGAUGGAGAAGACAAUCAAGACUUUUGGCUAUUGUGUCAAUCAUUGGAUCAAUUGAGUGAUGAAACGUAUGGAUCGGUUGGACAUCACAUGAAGACUGAAUUUGAAGACCAAAUGAAGAGUCCAUUAAAUGAUCGACAAUUGGCUCAAAGAUAUGAAACACAAGAAGUGAAUCAAAGUAUUGAUGAUAACAGCGAUGGCGUGAAUGAAGACAUGUUUGACAACUUGUAUGAGAGCAAUGGUCUGGAGUUGGGAUCAGUUAUCAAAAUAGAACCCGAAGAUAAUUAUGUGGAACCAAUAAAUAUAGCGAUUGAACCAUUAUUACCACAAUCAAAGCCAUCGACAUCUCAAUCAUUUCAAGAGAUGGUAAACGAAGACAUUAAUGAAGAAAGUAGUGAAGACUCGAUGGAAAUGCCAUCAAAUGAAUCGAUGUCUCAAUUCUUGCGACAAAAUAAGACCAAAAGAACUGAAUGUUUUGAUAGGACUGUCAAUGCAUUAAUUUGUCCCAUAAAUGAGUGCCACAAGAGUUUCCAAAAGGACCAAUACUUUCAGCAGCAUUUGCAGAGAAUUCAUACCACAAAACAAUACAUCUGCACUCAUGAGGGCUGUGGUAAAGGCCUUAAGACAGCGGGCACUUUGAAGAGACAUCAAUUGAUUCACAACAACAACAAAUCAUUUCAUUGUCCACACAAUGGCUGUCAAUACAAAGCCAUUUCUAAACGCUAUCUUAAAUCUCAUCUAAAGACACACUCAACAGUCAUAACAGAUAGAGUGAACAGAUGUCCUGUCAGUGACUGUCAGAUGGCCUUUAAGUCGAAGAAUGAGUUGAAUGUCCACCGUUUGACUCACGGGUCCGGACCGGCCAUCAAGUGUGAGACCAAAGGCUGUAAUGAUAUGUUUUAUACGUUUUCCCAACGCCUGAGACAUCGGGUGUCGGUUCACAACCGACGGACGUAUAGCUAUCGCAGAGGAAAACAAUGGUUUGAAUGGAAGGGGAAAACAGAGACACAAGAAGUGAAACAAACAAUAGAUGACAACAACGAUGGAGUAAAUGAAGACAUGUUUGACAACAACAGCAAACCCGUGGAAACCAAACUUAUUGCCGGCAAACUCCAGAGCCUGGCGUUGAAGUGUGGGGUCACUGACUGUCAGAUGAUAUUUGCAUCAAAAGGGGAUUUGUAUCAACACUUGGAUCAACACAUGAAUGAUCUCGAGUUGCGACCAAUGAAUACAGAAAUGGAAACACUAUUGAACACUGAAGGAGUAAAUAAAGACAUGUCUGACAACUCGUAUGACAGCAAUGGUCUGGAUUUGAGGGUAGAUAUCAAAGAAGAACUCGUCGCUUAUUAUGUGGAACCGAUUAAUACAGACAUUAGUACAAUGAAUGUUGGAAUGCAAAGACAAGUGAACAGCAUUUCAAAGCCAUCGACUUCUCAAUCAUCACAAGAGAUGGUAAACAAAGACAUGAAUGGGAAGAGUAGUGAAGACUCGAUGGAAAUGCCAUCAAAACAAUCGAUGUCUCAAUUAUUGGCACAAAAUAAGACCAAAAGAAAACAAUGUUUUGAUAGAACUCUCAAAGCAUUCAUUUGUCCCAUAAAUAAGUGCCACAAGAGUUAUGAAACGGACAGUAAAUUUGCGACCCACUUGUGGAACAUUCAUACCACAAGACAUCACGUGUGCACUCAUGAGGGCUGUGGUCAAGCAUUUAAAACAAAGUACAACUUAAGACAACAUCUAUUGGUUUACAAAAAUAACAAAUCAUUGCAUUGUCCACACAAUGGCUGUCAAUACAAAGCCAUUAGUAAUCAGUGUUUGAAAAUACAUCUGAAGUCACACUCAGUGUACAAAUGCGAUGUGAAUGGAUGUGUUUAUCAGACCCUUCAUAAAGGCAUUUUCAAAAAACAUUGCGCUCGACAUGAGGUCUAUAAUGUACGGACCAUUGAGUGCGGAAUCGAUGGCUGUAUUGAUAUGUUUUGCAAUGAAGACCAACGAAACAGACAUCUAUGGGAGGCUCACAGCCGGCGAUUGCUUUAUGGCGCAGAAGACAAAUACCAAUUCCGGUGCCAACGGACACACUGUGGCCAAGUGUUUACCACUAAUGAAAUGCUCGCACAACACAUGAAUGGCCACAACUGUGUGGAGGAGACAAACGAAAUGAUUGGUUCGCAAUCCGAGGAUAAGCCGAAGAAUGUCAUUCAAGAACAGCCAAAGUCAGUUAGGACAACCAGGGACAAUUACGUGUGUCGUUUGCUCGGAGACAAAUCAGUGACCCCACACUUCAACGCCAGACUCUGGGGUUUGCCUGUAAUAAGUCUGGUUUCCACGGGGGAAGGUAAGUUUGGUAACAAAAGGAGACGCUAUCGAUAUGCAGGCAGCCAACACUUGGCUGUGGGCUACAGAGUCCGCUUGGGAAAACUCCCACACUUGAUGGCCGGUCCGGACCGGUGUGUCAAACGGUGGACAUUCAACUCAUUCUUCGACAAGAAUGCCGUCUGA